AUGCGGCUGGGCUCCGGGACCUUCGCUGCCGGCUGCGUCGUGAUCGAGGUGCUCGGCGUCGCGCUCUUCCUCCGGGGCUUCUUCCCGACUCCCGUCUUUUCCGGAGCGGAGCGGCAAGCAGAGUCCCCGGCCUCCGAACCCUCUGCUGGAGCCAGUUCCAACUGGACCGAGCUUCCACCACCUCUCUUCAGUAAAGUUGUUAUUAUGCUGAUAGACGCCUUGAGAGAUGAUUUUGUGUUUGGGUCAAAGGGUGUGAAAUUUAUGCCCUACACAACUUAUCUUGUGGAAAAGGGAUCAUCUCUCAGUUUUGUGGCUGAAGCAAAGCCACCUACAGUUACUAUGCCUCGAAUCAAGGCGUUGCUGACAGGGAGCCUCCCUGGCUUCAUCGAUGUCGUCAGGAAUCUCAAUUCUCCCACAUUGCUGGAAGACAAUGUGAUCACACGAGCCAAAGCUGCUGGGAAAAGAAUCAUCUUUUAUGGAGAUGAAACAUGGGUGAAAUUAUUCCCAAAGCAUUUUGUGGAAUACGAUGGAACAACCUCUUUUUUUGUAUCAGAUUAUACAGAGGUGGAUAAUAAUGUUACAAGGCAUUUGGAUAAAGUACUAAAAAGGCAGGAUUGGGAUGUGUUAAUCCUGCACUACCUCGGGCUGGACCACAUCGGCCACAUUUCUGGGCCCAACAGCCCCCUGAUUGGGCACAAGCUCAGUGAGAUGGACAGCAUCCUGAUGAAGAUCCACACCUCACUGCUGUCAGAGGAGAGAGAGACUCUGUUGCCCAGUCUGCUGGUUCUCUGUGGUGAUCACGGCAUGUCUGAAGCUGGAGGUCACGGAGCCUCUUCCAUGGAGGAAGUAAACACUGCUCUGGUCUUCAUUAGCUCUGCAUUUGAAAGGAAACCUGGUGAUAUCAGACAUCCAACGCACGUUCAACAGACUGAUUUGGCUGCAACACUCUCAAUAGGACUGGGUCUGCCGAUUCCAAAGAGCAAUAUUGGCAGUCUUAUGUUCCCAGUUGUAGAAGGAAGACCAAUGCGGGAACAGCUGAGGUUUUUACAUUUAAAUACAGUACAGCUUAGCAAGUUGUUGCAGGAGAAUGUUCCAUCAUAUGAAAAAGAGCCUGGAUUUGAGCAGUUUAAAGUGUCGGAAAGAUUGCACGGGAACUGGAUCAGAUUGUACUUGGAGGAGAAUAACUCAGAAGUCCUUUUCAACCUGGGAGCCAGGGUUCGCAAGCAGUACUUGGAUGCGCUGAGGACACUGAGGCUGUCGCUGAGCAAACGAGCUGCCCAGUAUGACGUCUACUCCAUGGCGGCGGGGACCGCCCUGGUCCUGGAGGUCCUCGCCCUGCUCCUGCUCAGUGUCCCGCAGGCGCUGGGCAGCAGGGCUGAGCUGGACGUCCCCCUGCUGUCGCCCGUGUGCUCGCUGCUCUUCUACCUGCUGCUCCUGGCCCUCGUGGCGCUGCACGGCGCUGUGUGCACGGCGGCCCGCAGUUCGUGCUACCUCUGCAGCCUCCCGUGGCUGGCUGCAGGCGGCGCAAUGGCGCUGACGGCCGCACUGCUCUGUGCGGUCGUGUCUGCUCUCACCAGGACUUUUGCCAGCGGAACGUGUCUGAGUCAGAAUCCACCUCAGUCCACCUCAAGGUGGUCAGAGUUAGAUCUUCUCAGCUUCUUGGGAACCGUGGGCCACGUGUUGAGUCUGGGAGCAAGCAGCUUCAUCGAAGAGGAGCAUCAGACCUGGUAUUUCCUCAUCAACACGCUGUGUUUAGCUCUGUGCCACCAGAUCUACAGAAACUGCUUUCUGGGAGACGACUGUGCCCCUCAGCGUUGCCCACACAUGGGAGAGGAGUUUGACGGGGUCACGGUGGCCCUGCAGGGCAAGCGUGCUGGCCCUGAGGGGUGGGAGCUCAGCCGAGCGCCCGCAGACCCCUCCUCCCUGGAAGCCCUCAGAGGCCCUGAGCGGUGGAUGGUGCUGGCGAGCCCCUGGCUGGUCCUGGCCUGCUGUCGGCUGCUGCGAUCCCUGAACCAGACCGGUGUGCAGUGGGCCCACCGGCCGGACCUGGGGCACUGGCUCACCAGCUCUGAUCAUAAGGCUGAACUCUCUGUUCUGGCCGCACUUUCCCUCACCAUGAUUUUUGUGUUGGUUCAGAAGAGGUGCUCCCUCACAUCAAAAGUGGCCAUGGCGUUUGGCCUGCUGGGCAUCUAUUGCUACCGGGCCGCCAUUGGAAAUGUGCUGUUCCCAUGGCAACAAGACAACAAAGACAUUUCAAAGGGCAUUACCGAGGCUCGUUUUGUUUAUGUCUUUGUCCUUGGCAUUCUGUUCACGGGCACCAAAGACUUGCUUAAAACUCAAAUCAUUGCUGCAGACUUCACGGCCAGGACUGUGGGCCUUUGGGAGAUAUACAGUGGUUUAGUUCUCCUGGCAGCGCUGCUCCUCAGACCCCACAAUCUUCCUGUCUUGGUGCUGAGCCUUGCGAUCCAGACCAUCAUGACUCAGUUCAUCUGGAAGCCCCUGAGGCACAAUGUAACUGAGGUCACUGUGAUGCAUUACUGGUUUGGUCAAGCAUUCUUCUAUUUUCAGGGAAACUCCAACAGCAUCGCCACUGUGGACAUCUCAGCAGGCUUCGUGGGCCUGGAUGCCUACAUGGAGAUCCCAGCCAUGUUCCUGACGGCAUUUGCGACAUACUCGGGGCCUGUGCUGUGGGCCAGCCACCUGGUGAACUUUCUGACCUCAGAAGCCAGCAGCAGCUCCGCACUGAGUCGUGCUUGCUUCUGCUACGCGCUCAUCUGUUCCACUCCAGUUUCUGUGUAUAUCGUUUUGGUGACAUCCCUGCGUUAUCACUUAUUUAUAUGGAGUGUGUUUUCUCCAAAACUUCUCUAUGAGGGAAUGCAUCUACUCAUCACAGCUGCUGUCUGUAUAUUCUUCACAGCCAUGGACCAAACCAACACAAAGUCUUAG